AUGAGAAAGAUAGUAACAGAGAUCUUUGAUUUUUUAAAAAGGAAAUUAUUCUUUGGUGAUGAAGAUGUAGGAGAUGUAGAAAUCAGAUAAUAAAAGACAUUCGACAAAUCAAUUGAGAUAGAAUUCGGUAACCUUUCAUAGCUUAAUGGGUUUAAACCUUAUGAAGAUAGAAUUUCAAAUAGAAUCGGUAUAUCUGAGUUAGAUGCUAUAGGGAUAGUACCUCGAAUGCUUUUCAAGUACUUGUAGAGAAUGGGUACUUGGCUUGUAUUUAUACAUGCAUUAGUGGCUAUUAUUGUUUAUUCUACUUAUACAUUUUGGUCUGCAUAAUUUUUCACGUUUAGCGCGGGAGAUAUGAUUUUAUUGUAUUUGGUUCCGGUGAUUUUCUCGUUCGUGAUGUUCAGUUUGCGUGAACUCAACAUAGAAAGAGAAAGGAAUCUACAGGAGAAUGUUAUUAAUAAAUAACAUUGCACAAUAUUUAAAUUUUUUAAAAAAGUAAAACUAUAAAACCUGCAAAACAUUAAUAAUAGUCUUUAAUAAGACCAAAUUGAGGAUUAAGAACAGAGAUUGCCUAAUAUUUCCAAAUAAAUAGAUGAAAAGCCAAUCAAAGGAUUUUCUAAUUUUAAGAAAGAAAAGGAAAAAGAAUCUAGUUAAAUCAAUCACGCUUAGGAUGCAGAUAAUAACUCUAAUUAAGUUAAUAAUCAAAUCUCAAGCAAUGUGUAGACAAAUAACGUAAAUUCUACACCUAAUAAUUAAAACAAUAGCGGAUAAAAUAAUAUUCAACUUAGCCCCAAUUUAGGUAGCGUUAGCUAGAACUAAAAAAUUGAAAAACACAAAACCUAUGAAAAAGAAGGCUCUUCAUAAAUAAAUUCAAACAUUCAAAUAGCAAACAAUAAAGGAGUAAAAGAAAGUGUAACUAUUAACUCUCACUAUUAAAAACUUAAUACAAGAGUAAUGAAUACCAAUUACCCAAUUAAGACUGUUAAAAUUUUAGAAGAAAUUAAAUGGGAACAGCUUGAAGUUGGUAACAUAGUCUGGCUCAAAAAUGGUGAAAUUGCACCUGCUGAUUUGCUUAUUUUAGAUUGUCGCUAAAGUUUUUGCACUGUUGAAGAAGACAUCCAGAAUGGAAAGACUUAUUAAAUCGAAAAGUAUCCUCCUCAAUUAACAUCAGUAUCUGUCCACUCUAAACUCAAAUAAAACAUGUUCGAGUAUAGAAAGCUUUUAAGUGGAAGAAUAGAAUACACAAAACAGUCUAGAAGGAAAGAAUUUAGUGGCUUCUUAAAGAUGAACAAAGACCCAAAGGGAGAAAACUUAGACUGCAGAAACAUCAUUUACAGAGGAAGCAAACUUGUAUUUAGCGAAUGGGUUUACGGUAUAGUUCUGUAUGCUGGAAAAGACACAAAAAUUUAUCAAUAAAGCUAUAACAAAGAAACAAUGAAAACCUCUUUCUUUGGUAAAAAGGCCAAGCUCUUUUUCUUAGUUGCUUACAUCCAUCUCCUUGUUAGCAUAGCAAUUUCCAUAUUUUUUGUUAUUUUUUAACCUUGCUAUGUUGGAUUCAGUUAUACGUGGCUUGAAAAAUAGGAUUUCUUAGGUUUGAUAUUGUCUUUUAUGGUAGAAUAUUUACAUAUCAUGCCAUAACUCUUUUAUUCAGUUGUAGAUGUAAUCGAAAUGGUUAACGAUCUUUACCAUAAUAAGUAUUUUAAGAAAGUUGACAUACAAACUUAAAAUAACUAAUCUGGAAACAACUACUAAAUGCUCAGAAGUGUUACUUUAGGAGAUAUUUCUUUAACUAAUUUUGUCUUUUUAGAUAAAACGGGCACCCUAACUGAUGGUGAAAUUCAAUAAGUUAGGUUGAUCAUAGUGGAUGGAGUUAUGUAUUCACUGAACUUGAAAAUGGCAGAACAAAUCAUGAAAAAUAAAUCUUUUACAUUUAAUAAUCACAGCAAAAGUGUCAAAGAACUAAUAGAUGGCGAAAAUAUGGUUAUUGCAGAUGAAAAACAAUCUAUGAAUAAUGAUCAAUCUAAUCAAUCUAACGUAAUUAACAUGUUCCCAAAUUUACUCUAUUAAACUUCCAUACCAACGAAAAAAAACAACCAAUCCAAGUAAAUCUAGCAUAAAAAUUCUUUUGAUGCCUCUGACGAGCUUGAUGAAGAGGAGUGUAGGGAUGAAGUUAAAAAUUCUAUGGAUUCCAAAAAAAUGAAAAUGCUCUAAGUACCUAAUUAGCCUGACUCUCCUUCAUUAAAUAACUCUUUCUAAAAAGAUAACUCUAUUUAACAAGAAACUAACUCCUUAGAUAAGACAAAACCAAUCAAGUAGUCAGAAGUGAUAUAAAAUAGCAGAUAAGGAAGUCAUAAGUUAAGCACAGGUCAUUCUGAUAAUAUUUUGGAUGAAAAUGAUUUUAUUACGAGCUUACACAAUGACUAUGAUAAAAAACACCAUGAGGCAAUACUUAUAACAGUGAUUUGUAAUCACAUAAUUAGUUCUUAUGAUAGUAAAUCAGAUGAAAUAAUUAACACUAAUGUCUCUAAAGAGGGGGAAAUUAUGAAAUAAUUUUCUAAUGUGUUUAAUUACCAAUUUAAGUGCUCUUCAGUAUAUAAGGGACAAUCAUACUCACCAAAUUAUAUUGUUGUAAUUCAAGGGAAAUUGGUUUCGUUUAAGAUCCUAGCAAUAAAUGAAAACACUUAAAAUAGGCCUUAUUUUUCUAUUCUUUUUAGAGAUCCUAACAGCUUGUACCCAAACAGAGGAGCUGUCCUAUAUACCAAAAUCUCCUUAAAAAAUACAGAAGUACCUUAGGGAAUCGUAUUUAAAGACAAAGAAUAAAGAGUUAGAUUAGAAAAAUAAUUGUAAUUUUUAGUUUAAAAUGGCAUGAGACCAAUCAUCUACUGCAAGCGAGAGCUGAAUGACGAAAAAACUGAUGAUUAUUUAAGAUAAUACGAAAACCUCAAAAAGAAUCUCGUUUAAGAUGAUUCGAAAUUAGAAAGUUUAUAUGAUGACAUUGAAAAAGAUCUAUAAAUUGUAACAGUCUUUGGUGUUGCAGAGAAUCUUAAAAAGGGAGCAGAUAUAGCUAUCAAAUAAAUGAGAUUAGCUGGUUUGCAUACAUGGAUGCUUACUGGAGAUAGCUACAUAUAGGCUAUAACUGCUGCUUACUAGAGCCAUUUAAUUGACCAAGAAAUCUAAAUUUUGCACUUAGAAGGUAAAAAUUAUGAUCAAAUUAAGUUAUUAAUUAGAGAUCAGUUGAAUGCAAUCUAGAAUGAAAGUAAAUUGAAUAAGCUAAUUCCUUAAAAUCCUACUGCUUACAAGAGAUAUCUUGAGUAUAUAUUCACUGAUCACACAACACCUGUGAACUCUCCUGGAUUGAAUAAAAAUGAAGUCAGUAGUAGAAAAAUGAGUGAUCAGCAAGCGAGCUAGAAUACAAAUAUUUACAACACCAGUUUGAUUAAUAAGAAACAAUUUAUCUCCGCUUACUCAUCUAAUCCUUUUUACAACUAAAGUGUUAACAGAAAGAAAUCAAUGUCAAUUGGUUUAAACUAAAAGCCUUAUUUGUUUUGCAUAGUUGUCUCAUCUGAAGCUUUGACAACAAUAUUUAGUGAUAAUUAUCUAAGAAACCAUUUCUAUUUUUUAAGCUAUUUUUGCACCUCAUUAAUUGGAUACGAUCUCUAAACUAACUAAAAAGGUUGGUUUGUAAGAAUGGUUAAGUAAAAGUAUCCUUAAAAUCCUAAAACUCUAGCUAUUGGAGAUUCCUACAAUGAUGCUGACAUGAUGCAAUCAGCUGAUAUUUCUAUCUAGAUGAAGAAUUUCAAGUAUAAUGUGAAUUAUAUUGGGGAUAUAAUGGUAAAUGAUUUUACAAGCAUUUCAAAUUUGUUGUACUCAAAUUCAAGAUAUAUGGCAGAAUUAUAUGAGGAAUUAUUGCUUUAUGCUUUUUACAGAGCUUUCUUACUUGGAUAUAUAAUCCUGUUCAUAGAAGCUUCAAAUUGCUCCUAUGGAAAUUCAUUAUGGAAUUCACUCGAAAUUUUCUUCUUUCACUCGUUAUUAUAUGUGGUCAGCAUUACAAGCUAUUUAAUUAAAAAAUACUCAAAAAAGCACAAAUAUUCUAUAAACAAUGAAAUAUUGAUUGAUCAAUUCAAAAACAGUACUUUCACUUUCAAGAAAUAGAAGACUAUGGGAUUCUUCUAUAAGGUAGUCUUUCAUAGUUUAGCUGAAGCAUUCGUACUGUAUCUAAAUAUCUAUUUUGUUUUUAAUUUUGAUAGUAAUGAUGUGGGAAAAUCCUACACUUUAAAGACUGUUGAAAUGUAUGGCUACUUUUUAAUUGGUAUUGCAACAACUAUGAAAAUUUUGGUUGUCUCUAACUAGAAUUUUAAGGAAGGAAUAACUACAUUUUUAUUCUUUUGCAUAUGCUAUUUUAUUUAUUUACCACUUGAAGAUCUUUACUAAAACUAUCCUUUCUAAUUCUAAGAGGUUAUAGAAUAAAUAUCAUCUUCUGUACAUAUAAUUAUAUUCAUGAUAUCUAUAAUCUUCUUUGUUUUCGGUUUUCAAAUCAUUUUAGAAUAUUGUCUUUUCAUUCCCUCUUUCUUCCCCUAAAGUUUGGUAAGACAGGCAUCUAAGUAUUACAAGCUAUUGUAAUUUAAAGAAAACGAAGAUGAAAAAUCAGAUGAAAAAUAUUAAAAAAAAAAAAAGAAAGCUAAAAAAAAUGAAAACAUCAUCAACAGAUUGAUAGGAAUAAUCUUUCCUUAAGAAGACUAAGAAGAUAUGGACAUAAUCCUAAAGAAUAUGAUAUCAAGUGAAGACAUGAGUGAACAAAAUUAAGAAAUGAAUAAAUUUUCUCUUUAAUUUAAGAAUCCUGAUCUAGAAAAGAAAUUUACUUAGAGUGUUUAAAAAAGCUGGAUAUUAUAUAAUAAGUACUACCAACUUAUUAUUUUGAUCCUCUUUGAAUUAAUGUAGCUCCUUAUUUACAGUGUUAAAAGUAAGAGUGAGCCUCAGUUAGACUAUAUUAUUGGUUAAACUAUAGGUUGUAUUAUUAUUUCUGGAAUUACCUUUACAAUGUUUACUUCGAAAGGAGAAAAAUAAUUUUUCAAGCUGAAUUAUUUUUGUUUAUUUUUAAGAAUACUAACAAAGAUAUUUACUGAUAUUUUAUAAGGAAGCGACAACUCUUUGGAAUCAUUUACAUUCAGUUAUUUUAUUAAUUUUACUGUUCUUUGCAGACCAGAUUACGUUAUGUACGGAUCUAUUUUAGAAGCCUUUGUAUUUUUUGUGAAAUAUUCAAUUUAAAGUUCGUUUAACUCUAACAUUGAUCGUUAUAUUUCACUUUCAAUCAUCCUAUUUACAUUAGGUUACUGCCUUUUUUGUAUUCAAACUAAGUAUUAAUAUGAGACUGUUGAGAGAUAGGACUAUCUUAGUUAAAAUAAGCUUAGAAUAGAAAGUGCCAAGAUAAAUAAUAUUUUAGCUAUUCUUCUUCCUAAGUUCGUUAGAGACAGAAUAUCAAAUACUGGUGAAAUUUAGCUAGCCGAAAAUCAAGGUGAAGUUGCUGUCUUAUUUUGUGAUAUUUGCGAUUUUGAUAACAUCCUUUAAUCUGAAAGCGAGAAAAUUGUAGCCCUUUUAGAUAACCUAUUCAGAAAUUUUGAUAUUCUUUGCUCAUAAAAUGAUUGCACAAAAAUUGAGACAGUAGGAAAAACCUAUGUGGCUGCUUCUGGAUUAAGCUUAGAACUCUAAAACAAAAAGAAACAUACUGUUUAUAACUCUGUAGAGAGACUCAUUAAUUUAGGGUUUGAUAUGCAAGAUUAUGUUAAGAACAUUUCUUGGGGAAAACAUGGUGAUAAAAUGAGAGUAAAAAUUGGUAUUCACUACGGAAGAGUUAUGGCAGGAGUCAUUGGUUACCACAAACCUUAGUUUUCUCUGAUAGGAGAUACCAUUAAUACUACAAGCAGAGUUAUGUCAACAGGAGAAGAUAACAGAAUGACUAUCUCUAGUCAAGCUUAUGCUAAGAUUUAAACUCAUAACCUAAGUAAUUAUCGCACUAAUCGCAAAGAAGUUGAAGCAAAAGGAAAAGGUGUGAUGGUUACAUAUUAGAUUUUCAAACAAAAUUAAAAAUACAUCAAAGGAACGUCCAAAAAAACUGAAGUCUUUAAACCUGGAUCUAAAUAAACCGCAAAAGGUAGCAUGUACCAAAAGUAAUCACCUAUGAAGAGAACUAUGCUGGACACAAAAAACAUGAUACAACCUGGAUCAAAAGAAGAAAGAAAAAUGUCAUAUUUAAAUGCAAAAUAGAGUCCUUAAAACAAUUAAUCCAACAAUAGUCCCAGGUUUACUUUAACAAGCCCUAUGAAUUCCACCUAAUAAAUUAAAUUAGCCAUGGGAGGAAUAAAAAGUGUCAACUUAACAAGAAAAGUAGCUAAAAAGAAUACAGUUAAAUUAGGCUACUAGCCUGCCCCACAUUAAUUUGCUCAGCCAAUAGCAUUAGAUUCUUCUUAAGGUGCUGAUAAGAAAACUACUCUCAUGUCACCAUUGAAAUUAAAAUCAUAUUAAUUACAAUCUUAGCAAUCACAAGACAAAGAUCAAUAAGCGAAAAAUUAACCCAUAAAUCAGCAGCUAACCAGUUCUAAGCAUUCAAUACAAAUGCCAAAUACAAAUAAUGGAGCUAAGCGAAAUGAAAGCAAUCUUACUUAAAAUACAAUAAAUAAAAUAGAAUAAGCAAUAAAAGAAGAAGUCCACUUAGAAUAAGCAAAUAAUCUUUUUAUAGAAGAGAUCGAUGCCGAGUUCAUCAAUGAGUUAUUUGAAAAUAAUGAAGAAGAAAAAGGAGACAAAGAGAAUGGUUAGUACCUGUAAUUGACAAAGAAAUCACUCUUCCUUGCCUUAGAUAACUCAAAGCCAGAUACUUAAUAAUUCUAUGAUGAAUUAUUUGAACAAUCUAAAAAGUCGAUUCGCCUAAAAUAUUUAGGUUAUACCAAACUUUUAUUAAUAAAAUGCAUUUUGGUGUUUUUAGCUAGUUCUGUUUUAUCUAACUAUUACGUAGCAAGCAUUAUUUGGAGAUCUUUGUUUUGCUUCAUGCUUUAUCUUAAUCAUUGGACAAAAAAUAAAUUCUUUUACUCAUCUCUUUUAAAAUUCAGGAUCGUUAUCUUUUUUAUUAUGAUUAUGGGUGUUACUAUUGUCACUGUAGAAACUUAUUAAAUCGGUUUAUAAGGCAUCUCGACUACUUCCUUUUAGUCAUUCCUUCGUGUUUAAACUGCUGAAGUUUUUAUUAUUUACAUUAUUUUUAGCUCAUUGCAGUGCAUGGAGUUCUAUAUAAAUGUUAUUUUAUACUUAAUUCUUCUAAUUGUCUGGAUAUUCUGUGCUUAGAAUUUUGGUGCUGUACCAGAAUUAAUUUAUUUUAUGAUAAUUAUUGGAUUAGUUCAUCUAUCUUACUAGUAUCUCUUAUUCAAGCUGUAUAUAAAGACAUUUAAUAAUCAUAAAAAUCUUUCAAAGAAAACUAAAGAACAGAACUAGAUUUUAAGUAACCUCUUACCCAAGCACGUGCUAGAAAAGUUCUUAAAUAACCCAGAAACAACUAGGCUCGAAUUGGUAGAUAACUUUGAAGAUGUAACCAUUUUAUUUGCUGAUAUUGCAGGUUUUACAAAGUAUAGCUCUUAAGUUGAUCCUGAGUAAGUAGUUAACAUGCUUAAAAAGCUAUUUUAUGAAUUCGAUAAAGCUUGUUAAGAAAACGAAAUAUUUAAACUUUACACAAUCGGCGAUUGCUAUGUGGUUAUUGGUUUCACAGAUAUAAGAAAAAGAAAUCCAGCAGAAGAAGCUAAAAAUGUUUUAAACAUGGGAUUUAAUAUGAUUGAAAUUAUUAAAUAACUUAGAGCUCAGGUUAAAUUUGAAUCACUUGACAUGCGUAUUGGAGUCCACACAGGUAAAAUUAUUGGUGGUGUCAUUGGUACAGAUAUUGUUAGAUAUGACAUUUAUGGUAGAGAUGUAGUCAUUGCUAAUAAAAUGGAGAGUUCUGGAGAAUAAGGAAGAAUACUUGUAAGCAGCCAAACAAGAAAACUAUUAGAGCCAUCUGGAAUAUUUGAUUUUGUUGAUGAUAAAGAAGUGAAAAUUAAAUCAAUAGAUACUGUAGUAAAUGCUUCAUUUGUUAAUUAUAAGAAGAUAGAUGAAUCUUAAAUUAAAGACAUUCAUGGAACAAUAUCACAAUUCGAUGAAGAACAUGAUAACUAUAAUGAAAAUUAUGAAAAUGAUUAAUCAAAGAUCUCUAAUAAUCUUUAAAGCGAUGCUCAUAAGAAUAUGGGUAGUCAAAUAGAAAAAAGUGGGGAUAACGUUAACUCUUAAAAGUUCUAAAAUAUUGAAGACAAUCCAGAAUACAUCAAAGGAGAUUAAGGAUUCUAAGAUCUUUAACAUGCAGAUUCUAAUCAAGAUAAUGAGUAUAUUAAUAAAGUUGUAGCUGUAGAAGAAGACUUCUCUAACAAUAACUUUUUAUAAUUUACUAAAAUUAAUAACAACGAAAACAUCUUUUUACAACGUUAUGAACAUGAAGAUGACAAGCUUAAAUUAUAAGAAGUAGAUCAUGAAAACGAUAUUGAAAGACAAUAUAAUAGUCCAGAGCUUUCUGCUCAAAACAACAAUCAAGAAAAAAAUAACAGUGAUAGUAAUUAGAAUGAAAGCGAAGAUUAAGUUGAAAAUGAAGAUUUUUUUAUUUGA